ACUUUUUGAGUUUGUAAUUUGUUCUGUAAGUUUGGAAGGUAUUUGAAAGUUUUGAACUCACCACGCUGGAACAAACUUUCAAGAAAUUUCGUCUAAAUAUUCGUAAAAAUGCUUUUGGUUAAUUGUAGAAAGCUAUUACUAUCGGCAGGAUCGAUAUGUGGACGAUGCGUUACGCGCUCAUCUUCUUCAUGGGAGUACAAAGGUGAAGAAUAUGAUCCGAAUAAAAAGAUUAUUCCUUUUAUGCCUAAAAUAUCGCAACAAUACGAUCCCGAAGUUGACACGGCAUCGAAGACUACAGUGACGCUGCUCAACAAAGAUUUACACGGCGAAGGAAUCUUGAUGGUUGACUCCGUGAGUCCUAUCGGAUUUAAGCUAAAUAAUUCAAUGCACGUUCUUGGUCCUAUGGCACUGUUUUCCAAGACGGUGUUUCAGUGGAAGGUGGCCGAUAUAGAUGAUAUUGCACCGGAAGCGUUCUCGUUGUUUUACAUGUUGGAACCAAAACUAGAUAUCCUCGUAGUAGGCUACGGGGAUAAAGAUAGAGAUGUGAAUUCCGCACUUUUGAAAACCCUUGUCAGCCGGAAACGUAUGGGAAUCGAGCUCUUGCCGACAGAGCACGCCAUAGCGACCUUCAACUUUCUGGUUGCUGAAGGCAGACAUGUGGCCGGAGCGUUUAUUCCACCGGAAUCCUUGCAGUAUUCGGAGGCAGAUAUGUACGAAAAAUUUCAAUUUCACAACAUUGACCGCAGCGAGCCGGACCUCGAUUUCUCUGAUCCGAUAACCAAACUUCGCAAGAAAAUGAAGAAAAAGAAGAAAUAAAUUUUUCGUAUCAAAUCUUGUAAUUCUCUAUGGAGUUGCUGCAUGACUGAUGAAGAACUGAUGUUGAAGUUUGUUGACUAAUUUAUUGCAGUUUGUGAAUGAAAGAGUGUGUGCGUGUCAAAAUUGUUAAUCGUGCGGGUGCUGCUACUGCUGUAUAGAAGUGACAGUUGGGGCUUUUCAGCGGGUUUAAGAAUACCGCAUAUCGUUUUUUUUUAACCAUUUUGCAGGGAGCGAUGAGUUUGUGAUAAAGUGUGAGUUUGUGAUAAAGUGGUA